AUGGACGCCGCAACGAUCGAAGAGACCAACAGAAUUCGUGUGUCCCUGGGAAUGAAGCCUCUGCCUGUCCCAGGAACAGAUGACACCAGCCAAACUCAGUCAAGGUACGCGGAUGGUGAUGCACCCAGCACACUAGAGAGCCGCCAAGCUCAGGCCUACGAAAACUACAACAAAGUUAUCGAAGCGGAAAAGGCAAAGAAGAGGCGCGAAGAGAAAGCUGCAGCUGUCCGAAAAGCCCGGGAGCAGGCGCAACGAAAUGCAGUUCUAGAGGGCAAAGGCUUUGGAGAAGCCGAAGAGGGUGGCGAUCUUAGCGCCAAAGACUGGCUCAUAGGCCAAAAGAAGCGACAGAAGAAGAUUGCCAAAGUCAGGAAGUUGGAAGAGGAGCUGGCCGCAGCCGAGGCUGAAGCUGCUGCUGCAGUUCAGUAUACUUCCAAGGAUCUUGCUGGUAUCAAAGUUGGACAUGACACAGCGGCUUUCCUCGAUGGCGACGACCAAAUUCUCACCCUCAAGGAUACAACCAUUGAUGAGAACGAGGAAGAAGGCGACGAGCUGGAGAAUCUAAACAUGCGCGAGGCCGAAAAGCUUGCUGAGAGACUUGACAACAAGAAGAAGAAACCGGGUUAUAACCCUCUAGAUGACGACGAGGAGGGUGAGCGUGGUAUUCUGUCACACUACGAUGAGGAGAUCGAGGGCAAGAAAUCCAAGAAGUUCACACUCGACACAAGUGGCGUCAUUGCAGAGCUCUCAGAUAUUCUUGAGACGCCGGUUGACAAGACAAAGAAUGGCCAGAACGUGAGCUUGGACGACGUUAUUGGCGAUGCUCCUAUCUCUUCAGACUAUGUAGAUCCCUCACAGAUCAAAGUCAAGAAGCCUAAAAAGAAGAAGGGCAAGAAGGGAACCAGACAAAAGCCUACAGACGAUGAUGAUCUCUUUCCUGCUGGAACAACUCCCAUAGAUGACGCGAUGGACGUCGACUCAAAAGACACGACGACAAAGAAGAGAAAGGCAGUCGAUGAUACUUUUGUGGAUGAUGACGACCUUCAAGCAACACUCGCGAUCCAAAGAAAGAAUGCCUUGAAGAAGCGAAAGAAGGCCCGACCCGAAGACAUCGCCCGAUUGCUUAAGGAGGAUGACGAGCUAGAACCAGUAGAGCAACAAGAGGGUGGCCUUGUUCUCGAUGAAGUCUCAGAGUUUGUUGCAGGUCUAAGUAAACCCGGCGAAAGCGAAGAGCGCAAGCCCAGAAGACCAAAGACUGUGUCAAAAUCCCCAGAACCCGAUGACGAUCACCCCAUGGGUGACGAUGCAGAAGUGGUUGAAGAGAAGCCCCAAUCAUCAGCUGUCGAGGAUUUGGAUGAGGCGGGCGUCGAAGAAGAGAAGGCCGUUGGUGCAGGCAUGGGCGCGGCGCUCGCGCUAUUAAGAGAGCGUGGUCUCGUGGAAGAUACACGUGGAGAUGCGGAAUAUACCAGCUUGCGAAACCGAGAAGACUUCCUCGCCAAGAAACGUCUUUUGGAAGAAGAGCUGGACGAGCAGGCACGCGCCCAGCGAGAGCGUGACCGUACAAGUGGCAAGCUGGAUAGAAUGUCGGUUCGUGAGCGUGAGGAGUGGGCACGUCAACAAAACACCUGGCGAGAUCAGCAGCAGUCUCGACGCAUGGCCGAGCUGUUCUCAGCAGGAUACAAACCCAACGUCGACAUCAAGUACACCGAUGACCACGGCCGUUCUCUUGACCACAAGGAGGCGUUCAAGUACAUGAGCCACAAAUUCCAUGGCAAGGGAAGCGGUAAGGGCAAGACAGAGAAGCGGCUCAAGAAGAUCGAGGACGAGAAGCGACGCGAAGCACAGAGCAUGUUUGACGCAAGUUCUGCCGGUAUGAGCCUGGCAGCUCAACAGCAGCUCAAGAAGCGACGGGAAGCUGGCGUACGACUUGCAUAA